AAACAAGCUCCUAGGGCUUGGUAUGAUAAACUUAGUAACUUCUUAAUAAUGGAUGGCUUUCGUAGAGGCUCUGUAGAUAAAACUUUAUUCAUCAAAAUCCUAAAUGUUCAUACUAUGCUUGUUCAAGUAUAUGUAGACGACAUAAUUUUUGGUUCUUCUAGUCAAAAGAUGUGUAAACAGUUUGAGUCAGUAAUGAAAGGGGCAUUUGAGAUGAGUUUAAUGGGAGAACUAACUUAUUUAUUGGAUUUGCAAGUUCAGCAGACUAGCAAAGGCACCUUUAUUAGUCAAACUAAAUACUUGAACAACAUGCCCGAACGUUUUGACCUUAAGAAUUUGAAAUCUGCAGUUACACCAAUGGGUUCUACAGUAAAACUUUCCUUGGAUGAAUAAGGAGAACCAGUUAGUGAAAAUUAUAUCGAGGAAUGAUUGGCUCUCUUCUUUAUCUAACUGCCAGUAGACCUGACAUAAUGUACAGUGUAUGUGCUUGUGCCAGGUUUCAGAGUAAUCCAAAGAUUAGUCAUUUAACUGCAGUAAAACGUAUUUUUCGUUAUCUCAGUGGUACUGUCUCUCUUGGGUUGCGGUAUUCAUGUGAAUCAAGUCUUGAAAUACUAGGGUAUAGCGAUUCUAACUAUGAUGGUUGUAUAACUGAUAGGAAGAGUACAUCUGGAACGUGUCAUUUUCUUGGCACGUCACUCAUUUCUUGGGCUAGUAAGAAGCAGAGCUAUGUUGCUUUAUCAACUGCCGAGGCAGAAUAUAUUGCAGCAGGGUUAGGCUGUACUCAACUACUAUGGUUGAAGUAUCAACUUCAGGACUAUGGUAUUAGUAUAGGAUCCCUCCCCAUCUUAUGUGAUAACACGAAAGCUAUAAACAUGACCAAAAAUCCUAUUCAGCACUCGUGAACUAAACACAUCGAAGUUCGCUAUCACUUUAUUCGUGAUCUCGUUCAAGAUGGAAAAAUUCAUUUAGAAUUCAUUAACUUAGAAAUGCAAUGGGCCGAUAUCUUUACUAAACCUUUAGGUGCUGAAAAAUUAUUACCAAUUCGAAAUGAACUUGGCAUGUUUACUCAAGAAGACAUUAAUGAGAUUUGAUUGCACCUAACAUAUUCUCUUGCCUUGUUUUCAUUGAUUUCCUCCACUCAUCUUCUGAUUCUUUCCCUUCCAUCUGAAGAGUUUCCCUGAUUUAAUGCAGUCUACUGCAUAUAAACCUAAUCCCAUCUCUUCCUUCGCUUCAUUCUUUCCCACUGCCUCAUACACUCUCUGUACACAUAACAAAAACAUACUCAACUCCUCAAAAAUGGCUCCUAACAAUCUUCAGCUGCAGUCGUCAGUGCUGUUCAAAAAUCAAAGAUUUCGCAAUGAUGCUACCUAUUCUAGGUAUCAUCGUAGUUUUCGUGAUCGCCCUCUCUAUCCUUCCUUCUCCAUUCAGCCUGCCACCUUCUCCAAAUAUGAUAUGAAUAUACCUGCAUAUCUUAAGAAUAUAGUAUGGGAGUCUCUGGUCACCAAUCUGCGAUUCAGUCAGUGUCCUGAGGCUGUUCGUCUCUUCUAUGUUAAUCUUCGAUGUGGUCCUGGGAUGUGGUCCUGGGAGCUACUGCAGCAUUUAAACAAGACGCUACUACCAAGAGUGGCCCAAAGCGGAAGCUAAUUCUUGAAAAGGAUUUGAUGUUACCAAAGUUUGUAUAUGAGUCAAAUCAGAUCAAUGAUCCGAUUACUCCAGAUUCGGACUCUGGUGAUGAGGAUAGAGUUUCAGGCUAUGCUUCACCUCCUAGCUAUCCAUUUUGAGAAAUGACUUUGAAGGCUGAGUUGAACCAUAGGACAUUAUCUUUUGAUCUUUCUGAGUUGUCUGUCGAGUCUUUGGAUUUAUGUUCUCGGCUAUUGAUUUGAAAGAAGAAUAAAUGAAUGAAUUUCCUUUUCAGUGCAACAAGUAUACAAGUGUGUUUGGACAGGCUGCACCUAUGGUUUGUUCAAUGCGUGCAGGUUUCUGAGUAGAGCCACUGACAAGCUUAGGGGGAGAAUGUUGGAAGAAGGCAAGCUUGUGUCAGGCUCCAAUUGAGGAAACCUGAAGAAAAUGAUCGAAAAGAAAAUUCCACUCUUGGUAAAACAAUUAAGGAAGGUGUCUUCAAUCAGGGUUAAAGCAAAAUCAGCCUAAUUGAUAGUGUGAGGGUUAACGGCUAGGAGAAUGUAUGUAUAAAGAGUGAAAGGGUUGGGUAGAUAGAGGCAAUCCUUUUCAAGAGAAUCAAAACAGGAGCAAAAGAGUAUUGUCAGGGUUUUGAUUAGAGAAGGAGUGAGCUGUCGGGGAGAGAGCUUGAAAGGUUGGGUUUAGUUCGAAUUGCAGCAGGGAGUUGUAGGUUCAGAGUGAUUCUGAUCAGAGUGACAGGGAGUCAUUGAGAGAUCAAAGAUGUACUGUGUAAUUUCGAAUUGCAGCAGGGAGCUGUAGGUUCAGAGUGAUUCUGAUCAGAGUGACAGGGAGUCAUUGAGAGAUCAAAGCUGUACUGUGUAAUCCGAAAUCACAAGAACGUAGUAUAACGUCAAAGGACUCAAGCAGAGUACCUUUGACCGUGGAUUAGUCGAUACUGAAUUCAUCAGUAUCGGAUAGCACGUAAAAAUAUAGUGUCCGAGCUUACUUGUGUUUUUACUGCGUUCCAUUUUAUUUCCAGUUCUUAUCAGAGUUCUUGAUUUGGUGCGAGUGUGAGUUGUGUGCAGAACAUGGUUUGAUCUAUAUGUUCGAGCAAAGAAGAAGGAAACUGUGUUCUCAAAACGCAGUGUUGUACUCAAGUGAUUUGGGUCAGUUUAACAGUGGCAAUCUGAUAACAACCUCAGCCCAACCCACUUCGAGAUCAAUCACCAGAGUCGCUGUCGUUUUGAUAAACACCAAAUAGAAAAGUCUCUUUACUUUUCUCUUCGAUUGGUUUUUCGGUUCAUUUCAUCUUCUUCACUUGGCUUUGUCGAAAUCGAAAUUAGGGUUUUCAGAUUCCCAUCAAAUAACCAGAGGAGAUUGACACUUGAGUCUCGCGCUCGACUCAACCAACACCCUAUUCACAUCCCAAAAUCCUUUCCCAUCUGUUGUCGCUGGGAAACUCUUCCCAUCUACUCCAAUUGAGCUCCUGGUUCCAUAGGAUCGUCAUUUCUCCAUCAACAACAACAUCAGGAUCUGAUUAUCCAGAAACCAAACAUCUCUAAUGCCUACAGACCUCCAACGAAGUAGAGCAAAUUGAGGAGGAGCAAUCGUCCACAACCAUAAUCUAGGAGAGAGCGACAUCUCUUAUGGGUAAGUGGGUGUCAUAGCGAGCGUAUGUGGAGAGCCGGGACGACCUGCUUGUAGACCAACUGUUUGAACUUGGCGGAGGACUCACAAUUUAGAGCGAGUACACUUGGUGACUGGGAUCUGAAAGUUUCCGGACGUAGGAGGUCGGGGAUCCAAUAGUGGUAAGGCCUGAGGGCGACUGCUUGUGGGCGGAAGGAGUGGCGAUGCCGGAUGGGGACGGAUUUCGGGAGGUAGAAGAUGGAAAGGCAGGUCUGGGUGACAGCUUUGAGGUGAGAUGAGAGAAGGAGUAGAUCUGGAGAGCUUAGACAGCUUAAUAUAUUAGGGUCAGGGUC